AAAAUAAAAAAAUCACCCUGGCUGAUGCAGAAUCCAGCCUCCAGCUCCUCCUCUCUCUCAUCAGGAGGGGAACACGAGCCGCCCGCACCGCCCCUUCGCACAUUCACCGGCUCCACUCCACGAGGUGGAUGAAACACAAACGCACCACUGUCGCCCACCUACCCCCCCUCAAAAAAAUGAAGCCUUUCUAACACCGUUUUAGCAUGGCGCCGCGAUACGCUUUUUGCCUUUUACUGCUUUUCUCCUCCGAGUGGACGCGUGUCUCCUCCAUCUCAACUUGCACGCCGGACGUAAGGUGCAGUCUCUCGGGUCAUUUGGCGCACAUCAGCGCGCCCCCCCGGGAGCUCCUGGCGCAGGAUUUGGCGCAUUUUGGAGCGCUUCCAGUCGGGGACUUUGUCGGAUCGCCCGGAGGCGACGGCAGCUCCGAAGUCACGGCUGCGAUCGCGGGAAGUUCACCCAAAGUCGAGGCACCACCCGCGCGGCAAGAAGACGCGUGUUGCCCCCAAGAAAAUGCGUCGGACUAUCAAGCAAAACUUUCGCCGCCUGACAACCAAAACGACGUGGACGGCGAGGAAAACGGGGAUGAUGUGGAUUCAACCGCGGAUGAGAACCGGAGGGGGAGAAGCGCGAGGGGCGCAGAGACUUGGGCCGAUGUGGGAGGCGAGGGCGCGCACGAAGCUUCGUUGCCCGACCCGGUGGAGGUCCAGCUGGCCAGCUCCACCUUCGCCCUGGCCGGGGACACCGCGCACAACCAGGCGAUGGUGCACUGGUCCGGCCAGAACAGCAGCGUCAUCCUCAUGUUGACCAAAUACUACGAUUUCAGCUCGGGCAGAGUGACGGAGAGUUCUUUGUGGAGAUCCACCGAUUACGGCAGCACGUACGAGAAACUUAAUGAGAAAGCGGGGCCCAAGACCAUCCUGAGCUACUUGUACGUCAGUCCCAACAACAAGCGCAAGAUCAUGCUACUGACCGACCCGGAGGUGGAGAGCAGCCUGCUCAUUAGCCUUGACGAGGGGGCGUCCUAUCAGAAACACAGCUUAGCCUUUGAUAUCCUCAGUCUUCUUUUUCACCCCGAGCAGGAGGACUGGAUCCUGGCUUACAGCCACGACCAAAAGCUGUACGUCUCCGUGGAAUUUGGCAGGAGGUGGCAGCUUGUGCACGACAACGUUGUCCCCAACAGAUUCUACUGGUCCAGGUUGGGCUUGGACAAAGAGCAAGGAAUGAUCCACCUGGAGAUCAACGUCUCUGAUGGACGGUCGCAGUACAUCACUUGCAAACUUCAAAAUUGCUCAGAGGGAAACAAGGGCAAGCCUUUCCCCGGAUUUAUCAUCCCCAACUCCCUGGUGGUGCAGGAUGAAUAUGUUUUCAUCCAGGUGCCAACAGGAGGCCAGUCCGUUCAUUACGUGUCCUACAGAAGACACUCCUUCUACCCGGUCAAGCUUCCAAAGUACACUCUGCCAAAAGACUUGCAGAUUAUUAGCACCGAUGACAACCAGGUGGUGGCGGCCAUUCAAGACUGGCACCAGAACGACUCGUACAACCUGUACAUGUCCGAGUCCAGGGGUCUCUUCUUCACGCUGAUGCUGGAGGACGUGGUGAGCAGCGGAGGGCCGGAAGGCAACAUCAUGAUCGACCUUUACGAGGUGGGCGGCACAUAAUAUAGGAAUACUCACCGUCAUGUAUUCUUUAUCCUCUGCGAAGAACAACUAUGGCGGCUUCUGCAGGCCCCGGCGACGGAUCUCCAAGGCAAACGGGUCGACUGUGAGCAACCGUACUGCUCGUUACAUCUGCAUCUUCACGUUUCGGAGAACCCUUACACCUCUGGAAACAUCGUCAGCAAAGAUACAGCGCCUGGAGUGAUCAUCGCAUCGGGAGUAGUCGGACCAGAGCUUACCACCACUAAUGUCAGCAUUUUCAUCACAUCCGACGCUGGCAACACGUGGAGAGAGGUUUUUCAGGAAGAGUACAGCGUGUUUUUCCUGAAUCAAGGAGGAUCUCUGGUGGCUAUCCGACACACACCUCUGCCUAUUAGACAUAUCUGGCUGAGUUUUGAUGAGGGCAGAAACUGGGACAAAUUUAGCUUCACCUCCUCGCCGCUCUAUGUCGACGGGGUGCUGGGGGAGCCCGGAGAGGACACCCUCAUCAUGACAAUCUUCGGUCACUUCAGUCACCGAUCCGAGUGGCAACUCGUCAAAAUUGACUUCCGCUCCAUUUUUCAACACCGCUGCACUUCGCAAGAUUACGUGACGUGGCAGUUGGACAAUGAGGGAGAAGUGUGCAUCAUGGGAAUGAAGAGAAUCUUCCAGAAACUGCGAGUAAACGCUCGAUGUGUCAAGGCCAGAGAACAGUACAUCUCUCAGAUGUCAGAAUCCUGUCCGUGCACAGAGGCCGAUUUUGAGUGCGACUAUGGAUUUGAGAGGCAGGUCGAUGGGAGCUGCACGCCGUCGUUCUGGUUUGUUCCGUCGGCCACAUCCAGAGAUUGCAUCAACGGGGACAGCUUCCUCAAUUCCACAGGAUACCGCCGAGCUUUAUCUAACAACUGCACCGCGGGGACUCUGCGAAAGUACAGCCCCAGGCGGCAGAAGUGUCCCAGUCAAGUCCCCAAGGGCCUGCAGCUCUUCACCAGCGAGGGCACACUGGUAGCCACGCUCGACAAGAACGUCACCUUCUUGGUCUUUCUCGAAGAGGGCCUCAGCUCGACGACGAGCAUCACGGUGGACUUUGGCGACGGCACCGCGAUAUCCUACGUGAACAUCAGCUCCAUCGAGGACGGGGUCAAGCACGUCUACGGCAAAGUCGGCAUCUACCAAGUUUCUGCCAUCGCGAGCAACUUUCUGGGAUUUGAUCGGGUGACUCUGUACCUCCACGUCACUUGUUUGCUGGAGCAGGUGCAGCUCUCCGGUCCGUCCGUGGCCGUCAAGAACAAAGCCGUAAACUUCACGACGGCGCUGCGGCCCGUCAACGUGGGCACGGUCACGUACUACUGGUGGUUUGACAACAAAACAGAGCCUUUGCUGAGCCUGGUUGGAGGGACGUCCUUCACCUUCUCCCGGGAAGGAAGUCACGUGGUCACCGUGCAGGCUUCAGUCGGGAACACGGUCCAGCAGGACCACAUGACGGUGGCGGUUUAUGAUUAUUUCCAGUCACAUAUUCUAGCUUUUUCCUCUAAUCUGGAUGAUGCCAAUCCCGAUCUUGCUGAGUGGCGGACAGACAUCGGGAGGGUGGUGAAGCGCUCUGUGGUCCAGGUCACCGGGAUCAGCGAGGAUCAGCUGCUGAUCAGUGUGCUCCCCGGUCUGCCGACCACGGCCGAGAUCUUCAUCGUUCCCAACAAGGGGCACCGCGGCGGCGCUGCGGGUGAAAAGCGGCUACACCUGGAACAGCUCUCGCAGGUGCUGCUAAAUGCUCUAAACCAGGACCUCGUCCAGUUCACACUCAAGGCGGGAGUGCAGGUGAAUGUCUACGCCAGCAGACUGUCGCCAGCUCCUCUGGUGGACGGCAGCGAUAGCAGCCACAGCAGCACUGCAAUUAUCAUGCUGGUGUCCGUGGCUCUGAUGGGUCUGGUUGUCUUUGCCGUGUACAAAUUCAAAAGGAAGAUCCCAGGCCUCAAGACGUACACGGCGGAGCAGCCUGACAAAGAGCAAGAGGUCGUGCCCACAGUCACCUCCAUGGCGGACGCGAAAGCCGAGGCGGACGGCCUGACCUCACUGGAUCGCGUGGAUGUACAGCUGGAUUCAAAGAGCGCAGGCUACCUGCCAUCGCACGCAGACAUCAAGCUGUCUGAUGAAGCGCCCCACGUGUUUUAAUGUCGAGCGUCCGUGAGGCACGCCAAAGCAAUACAUCUUCCCUGGCACUUACUUGCAGCGCGGUCACGAUGAAUGCUCUCGAGUGUUUUGCUACCCAUGCAGAAGACGGCGCGGGCUGCGGGCUGCGGGCUGCGACGCGCCCGCCGAAUCCCUCCGAGGAGACUGUACAGAUUUAUACGCGCCGGCCUCUCCGAAUGGGACUCCUUUUUUGACUGGAGAGUAUUUUUUUGCAAGAACCUUGAUCUUUUUAUGUAAAUAGUGUACAGUGUGUUCGGAACGGAAGCAAAAACGCCUGCCUCCCGGACACUUGUCGAAAAAGGAGUGGAACAGCGGGACUAAUUCCUUUUAUUCUCGCUGUAGACCCCCCCCCCCAAUGUGGCCCACCAAGGCACAUAAAGUCCAUCAUCUUCAUGUUUCUUUGCUUACAUGGAUUUGACAGGAAAUCCAGACCAAAAUGUCAACUGUUAUCAUAUUACAAGCAUUUUUUUUUUGUUCACUAAAGAAAUUAAAAGAUGUAUGCACUGGU